AUGGUGAUGGCAAUGGUUGCUCUACGACGGGGUGCUGGAGUUUUCCAACGAGGCCUUCGGCAGCAAAGCCGACCGAGAGGUUCUGCUUGCCUCUCACAGCAGGCCAAGGUGCCUCGAGCAUGCAACACCGCCGUCUCCGUGGCUAGCUUUGGCAGCCGGAGCUCGCCCACAGCUGGGCGCUGGAGCGCUUGUGUUUCCGUUCACAGAAACGAGGAUUUGCGACCAUUGGUUUCGCCGGUGGUACCAGUAGCGGUGGCGUUGCGUAGCGUGCAGCACUUGUCUAGCAGCGGGAGAGGAGGAAGAGAAAAAAGAGGCGGCGCAGACAAGCGGCGAAGAAGCAACACCUCUAACAACUCCCGGGAGGGCAAGGAGAAGGAGGAGAAGGAGGAAUACACUUUCCUCGAGAAAGAUGACCUUGGCAGACUGUCGAACGAGCCCAAGAGUGGGCUCAAGACGGACACGGCGGCAGCUAGGGGGGCAGAGGAAAAAGUGGACGCAACGAACGUGACCCUGUGGCAGCGCUGGAAGCAGGCGAGGGCCAAGAUGAAGUUGCUGUGGAAACAAUACGGCCUUGUUUGGAUCGGGACCUACACCGUCCUGUACUUCGGCGGGCUAGCAGGGAUCUACGUUGUUUUGGACACGGGUUUGGUGGCAUCUGAUGUGGACACAUCUCAUGCGAUCCAAGUCUUGGCGGACUACAUCGGUGCCCAAGACAACCCCAGCGUGACUUGGCUUCAGAACACCAUCAAGACCAACCCGAAGGCAAACACGCUCCUCAAAGCCGUGAUCGUCAACGAGCUGAUAGAGUACCCGCGAGAUAUCGUGGCGAUUGCUGCCACGCCGUCGAUUGCCCGCGCACUAGGUCGAGCCCCACCCAAGGCGAAGACCUGAACAGGCUUCAUGGUCCGCUCAAGGCAGCGUUGACGUUUUAGCUUUGUGCUGAUGUGACCAGCGUCUGUCUGAUUUGGUUUUCAAGGCUAGAGGGACGACUACUGUUGUGCUAGGAUUUAAACCCAAAUCGCCCUCGGGUCCAUCGAGAGUUGAAUGGUACUGGUGAUGGAAUAAGGAGAUUGGCGGUAAAAAACGUGCUUCUGCUGACAGCGUGCAGACCUUGUCAUUUUUUGUGGUUUGUGUUUUUCGUCAUCCGCAGAGUGGAGGAGUGAGGAUUUGUUGUGUGUAUUGGCGUAUGGAGGCACACGGUGCAAAAUAAACCUUUGCAAUUUU